AGCCCGUGUCAGCGGGAAGGUUCAAUGGGGCGAAUUGGCGAACAAUGGCAAAAAAUUGGAAUCUCAGAAGUAUUGCCGUGGAUGACCGGUAACACUGCAUCGGUAAAGGCAGCAACGCAUCACAAGCGCGGCAGAUGCAUACGCCCAUUUGAUGCGUUGGCUCGACAGCACGCCAGCGCCUUUGGGCAUAAAAUC